AUGAAGCAUGGAGGACGAUGCCCAGUUGAUGCAAUUGAAUAUGUUGAUGAUCAAAAUGUCAAAAGAACUAUUGAGUGUUAUGAUGAUGAUGAUGGAGAGAGUAAAGGUCUUUUGAAAUUAACAGAAGAAUUGAAUGUUCAUGUGCCACAAAAUUGUAAAUUACCUGAGUUAAAAGUGUUCGUGUCUCAACAUCCAGCUUUUAAAAAUGUGAGUAGAACUUGA